UUUUGUAAACAAAUCAAGCGGAGCUGAGCUCUGCUGAAACAAAUAAUUUCAGUGAUCCAAGUAUAAAGCUUUCCUGCGAUUUAUCCAAACAAAAGUUUAAAAAAUGGAAGUUUAUGGCAAUGAUGUGGUGUUAGGAGACGCCGAGGAUCUCUUUGCAAUACCGCCUCCUUUGGAUGAAUCACUGCUUGUUGAUGAUCCUGCUAAUAUAGCUGCUCACGAUGAUGCUGAAAAUCAAAAUAUUGAUGGUGAUCCGACUCAAGAAAAUGACGGGAAAAAGAAGAAAAAACGGGCUUUUAAACCCAGAGUCAAUUUAAAUGAUGAACGAUUGUGUUCCAAAAAUGGAAUUGAAGCUUUGAAACACUUGUGCUCUGAAGAGAAGUUUAAAGGAAAAGGUCACGAGGUGUCGGACUUGAAUAAACUUCUGUGUAGAUUUGAACACUGGGCUCAAUGCUUGAUGCCAAGAUGGCCUUUUAAUAACGUUGUUCAGAAAUGUGAAUUACUUGGUAGCAAAUCCAAAGUCAAGAAUGAGCUUAAACGAAUAAGACAAAGCGAGGAGGAGGUCAUUCGUGGAGAACCUGAUGAGGAAGGCAAUGAAGAGACAGAAGGACAAGCUGAAACAGUAAAUGAAGAGCGCCGACUGAAGCUACGACUCAACAUGAUACUGUUCAAGAUGAGGCGCCCCCUGCUGAAGACUGAAGAACAACGUGAAAAAAUAAGACAAAACAGGCUACUUGCUUUUGAAAGACGUGAAGCUAAAAGGAGACGAUUAGAGGAAGAAAGUCAAAGAGAGUCUCAAAUAGAAGGCCUUACAGAAGCUGAAGAGGCAAUGCUUCAAGAGGAUUUCUCUGAGGAGCUAAAUUCAGUUGAACCUGUACCAAGUUUGUCUACACAUGAAAGUGCAGAGGAAGAUCAAAUCUUAGAGGAUGAAUUACUUGAUGAGAUAAGAGACAGUGAAGAUACCACAACAAAUAUCAAUAAAAAUUGUGCUGAAAAUGAUGUCAAUGAUGAAGCCAGUGUUGUGCAAGAUGUUGAUGACAAUUCUGAAAGUCACAUUGCUCUUGAAAGGAAGGAAUUUUGCUCACAAUCAAACACUGAAAAAGAACUUAAUAAUGAUGAGAUGUCAGAUGGGGAUGAUGAAAUUAUUAAUAGAAGCAUGUUUGACCUAAACCCUGAUUUAAACUCAGACACAAAUAAUGAACCAACUAUAAAUUCAGGAGAUAAAGAAGUUCUAUUUAAUGAUUCACAACCAAAUAGAAUCGUAAACGAACCUGGUGGCAGCUAGGAUGUCGCUAUUUCUCAGUGCAACAAUCAAAUUUCUGUAAAUUCACAUACAAUUAGGCCACAGUAUUACUGGAGGAACAGCAGCAACAAAUUCAUGGAAAUACUAAUGUGGUUCAAAUGUGGAAAAAUGGAUGAUUACCCACAUGUUAAUUAAUCUAAAGCUAUUUUUAUUGUUGAUAUAAGAUAAAUAUUGUUAAUCUAUUA